AAGGAUAAAGAUAAGAGCUCUCUAUAAAUAGUCUAAGGACCAUCAUUGACGGAACAGUUGAUUUGAAGAUGAUAUUUUUCUUAUCUUGGUUUGGAACUUGCCCCGUAACCCAUUGGAAAUAAUCAUAGAUCAAAUUGGGACGUGAAAAAUGGAAAAAUCAAUGGAACUUGCCUGGAGAGUGUAAGUAGCUUGCGUCUCUUUCUUUGAAAUCAAUGGAACUUAUGGAAGAUACUUCUUUAUAUCGUUUUUAGCUUCAUCAUAUGCUUGGUGAUUUUAUUUGCAAAGAUAUGGCAACACUCAAGAACUCUUCGGUUCAAAGCUCAGACAGCAUUUUUGGUAUUAACAAUCACCUCACUGUAUUCAUUUUUCUUUGACAAAGUGGUGAAUGGCAAGCCAGAUGCAUACAGCCUCAUUUCAUGUGCUGCGUUUGCUAUCAUGUCGCUCAGCUUGUCGAGGAGGAAAACUCAGUGCGGAUUUGAAAUCGAUCUCCUCUAUUUCUUCCUUGGAUGUCUACUUGCGCAACUCAUGAAGAUUAAAUUGCUGUUAUUCACCGUUGGAGCAUGUUUCAGCUACUUGCUGAUUAUUCUUCGUUCUUGUUUUUCUUCCAUGGAUGCAAUUGCAAAUAGUCUUCAAGAUGAAAAUGGUGUGGUAGUUAUUGAAGUCCAUUCAAAUUCACCACAACAUGCCAGUACUAAUAGUAAUACUAAUACCAUGGUGGAAGAAUUCAGUAAUCAUAUGAAGUUGCUUCAGAAGGAAAAUUCAAAUCAUGUUGACAUGCUUUUGAAGCAGUUGAAAGAAUAUAGGAUUUCUGACCCCAAUUUUGAAGGACUGUUUCGACCGAAGGAGAAUUUGAAUCCAAUGAUUGACGCUUUGCCACCUGAAACAAUUGACAACCUUCACAAAACAGCCAAGUUGAUGGUUAACGCCGGGUUUGAGAAGGAAUUCUCCGACUUGUAUUUCAGUUGCCGGAGAGAAUGUUUGGUGGAAAACCUCUCAAGAUUAGGGUUCAAGAAACUCAGCAUCGAAGAUGUUCAAAUGUUGUCAUGGAAGGAAAUUGAAGACGAGAUUGUAAAAUGGAUUAAUGUUUGUAACGUGGCUUUGAAGAUAUUGUUCCCGAGGGAACGGCGACUUGGUGAUCGGGUUUUCUUUGGGUUCUCCUCCUCGGUUGAUUUAUCGUUUAUAAAUGUUUGCAAGGAAUCUACCCUUCAGCUGCUGAAUUUUGCUGAUGCUAUAGCCAUAGGAAGUCGAUCACCUGAGCGGUUGUUUAGAGUCCUCGACAUGUAUGAAACAAUGCGUGACCUAUUUCCGAUGUUUGAGUUUUUGUUCCGUGAUCAAUACAAUGGGUCACUACAAAAAGAAGCAACAACAACUUGGAAGAGAUUGGGGGAAGCGAUUAGAGGUAUUUUCACAGAGUUGGCGAAUCUGAUUAGCCAAGAUCCAGCAAAGGCAGCAGCAGUCCCUGGAGGCGGACUUCACCCAAUUACACGUUUCGUGAUGAACUACCUCCAUUUCGCCAGUCAGUCGCGGCAUACCUUGGAGCAAGUGUUUGAAGAGGAUUAUGAACACCCGUUGAAGGAAUAUCACAAAAUGGAGGAUAGAGUGCAUUCGACUUCCUCUCUAUCAGUACAGAUUCGUUUGAUUAUAGAUCGAUUAGAGAGCAAUUUGGAAGCCAAAUCCAAAAUCUAUGAGGACCCUGCAUUGUACUAUGUUUUCUUGAUGAAUAACAGCUGGUACAUUGUUGAAAAGGCUCAAGAUAGUGAAUUAGGAGCUAUUUUAGGAGAUGAUUGGAUCAAAAAACACACAGCAAAAACACACAACAAAAGUUAGGCAACACCAUGAACACUAUCAAAGAAGACAUCGAAGUUUCGAUUCUCUUAUGAUAGUUAAUUUGAAUGUUUAUGGCAAUACACCAGUACAUAAUUGUCUCUCUUUCAUUUAUAUACACUGAAAAAUUAUAAGUCUGUGAA